UGAAAAUGAAAGUAGACUGAUUUCGGAAUCGGAACUUGAAAUCAGAGAUGUAAACAGUAAAGUGUGUGUGUUAAUGGUUUUCUCCAAGCCCUUUCAACAACUUUCAGUAGUGCAUCUAUAUAUUACAAGAGCAGGCUGUACUGUAACACCAACUAUACACAAUGAGUAAUCUAAAAGUUUACUGGUCUCCGAUCUAUGAGGACCUGUUUUGUACCUGUAGUCCUAAUAAGAUUUUACUGUACAAAAUUGACCAGUCAAGAGGGAAGCCUGCACAGAAAGCUCCAAUCGUGAAGCAGAUUUCAGAUUUCCUGUGGGCCGUAGAACAACCUAAGUCCAUAGAGAUUGGAAUGUUAAAGACAGUGGCAUGGUAUCCAAAGCCAGAGCCUGAUAAAAUGUUGGCCAUAGGACUCGCCAACGGAAGGGUCGUCUUAAACAAUUUUAGCGACAAUAAUGAGAGUGAUUUAAUUAACAAAGAGUUUGUUCCCAAACACACAAGGUCGUGUAUAUAUCUAAACUGGAAUCCCGUAGAUUGCCACCUGCUUGCUGAAGGAUUGGAGAAGUAUAGGAAUGAUAGCUGCAUCAACAUUUGGAACAUUCACCAUAAACCAGGGAAUGAGCACGGAGAUAGACAGCGAUAUAGUUCUAGUCACAGUGAUACAACAGGGGUACACGUACCAUACUUAGAGAUAGGGGGGCCCUCGGAGACCACAGCAUCUUUUGAUUGGUUUAAGAAAGAACCUCGAACAUUUGUGACGGGAAUGAAUGCUAGAUACCUCAGGAUUUAUGACCUCAGAGAUUGUACUCGGCCACAGAACCAGACUCAGACAAAAAUGAUACGAGGCGUUUGUGUGGACAGACAGAAUGAUCACAGGAUAGCUUCAUUUAAUGAGAACCACGUCUGUGUUUGGGAUGUGAGGAACUUUGACAAACCUAUGCUGACGUUUCAGGAACCUAAAGCUGUCUCGUCUAUACGCUGGUGUCCCACAAGGAAAGGCUACCUGGGAAUUUUAAGUCAGGACAGCCAGACAGUUAAAAUAUACGACAUACUGCAUCUACCUCAAACAGUUGGAUCUGAGGAACUAGAUCAAAACUACAGUGAAAGAACAAUUAAAGUUUUGAAUACUCAAGUGGUGACAUCAUUUUCCUGGCAUCCGAAGCACAGUCGAUUGCUGACCAUCACCCAGCAAGGCACACUCAGGGAUAUAGUGGUGCAUGAACACAUUCCUUUUAACUGGUCAGCUGAUUCCCACCUGGUCAUGGCUCAUGGUAAGAUACUGAGUGACAAUGCUUUGAACAGAGAGGAGAGUGGACAUCUGGAUAUCUCUGUCAAAAUGAAGGAAAGGAUCAUCCAGGGAUACGGGUUACAGUCUGAUCAUAUCUGGCACAAUGUUUUCGCUGUAAAAGAUGAGCCUGAAUUGCAUGGAGUGUGGAGAUGGUUGUCCUAUGCUCGAGAGAUGCUGGAAUAUACGAGACAAGGUCAGCGAAGCAUGCUGGGUAAACACUUAGGAAUAAAGAGCAUUCUGAGAUUGGAUAGUGAGGACGUACCAGGCUCUCAGAUGGUCAAUAUGUACUGGGCGGCGGACUUCUCACGGAAAUUGUCCUCUGUCAGGCAAUAUCACAGCACUGAAAGGACCAAAGCUCUACAGUUGUGUGGAUGGGGUGCUGAUAAGCAGAAAGCUGAACAGUUAGACACUAUUUUACAUGAACUACAAAUGGAUGGAAAAUACUCUGUAGCGGCGGCCAUGGCCCUCUUUAAUCUUCAAAUCUCCAAAGCCAUAGAGAUCCUUAGUACCAGCAAUUCCAAGGGUCAAGAGAGUAUGGAUCUGAGUACGGUUGCCAUGGCGAUAGCGGGUUAUACGGAGGAGAGACACACCCUGUGGAGGAAGACCUGUCUGUCACUGCUACAGAAGCUGGACGACCCCUACCUCAGGGCCAUGUUCGCCUUCCUCACCUCCGAACGUGAAAACUACGAGGAAAUUCUGAAACAUGGAUGGAAGAAGACAGACCAAGGUGGCAUGCAGCUCUCAGACAAGAUUGCCUUUGCCUGUAUAUACCUGGAUGACGAUAAGUUAAAAGAGUACAUCAACAGAAUAACAAGGAAAGUUAUAGAGGCUGGAAAUUUAGACGGUUUACUUAUCACAGGUUUAACACAGGAUGGUGUCUCUCUGAUAUCUAAGUACGUGGACCUGACUGGUGAUGUACAAACCGCAGCACUCGUCUGUGUCUUCUCACUCCCAAACGAAAUGUCCAAAGACGAAAGAGUUCUUAACUGGAUUGAAUCGUACAGAGAACUGUUAGAUCGAUGGAGACUUUGGCAUCACAGGUCUAAGUUUGAUAUUAUCUGGCAUGCCAGCGAUAACUUCCGAGUCAUAUCUCAGGCCUUCGUUAGCUGUAACUUCUGUGGUAAAUCCAUCGCUUGUAACAUGCCUGUGGCCAGUCGAGCGCGACCAUACAACUCGUACUCAGCAGGAACACUGACUUCCACUAAACCAAAGGUGUCCUGCUGCCCGGGGUGUAGGAAGCCCCUCCCCCGCUGUUCUCUGUGUCUGAUGCAUCUUGGUACUCCCUCGGGAUCAGCUCUCUACACACAGAAAGAUAAAACAACAUAUGCAUCCAAAAUGACAGCCAUUGAUGAUUGGUUUACGUGGUGCCAAUCAUGUCGCCAUGGAGGCCACGCCUCCCAUUUGUGGGAGUGGUUUGCGGAACACUCGGAAUGUCCCGUGACCGGCUGUCAAUGCAAAUGUUCAACCGUAGAUCACACCUCCAGGCUUAGUGCAGAGAGCUGACAGAGGAAAAAUGUGUAAUUUGUUACAGAAUAUUUAAAUUGUACGAUGAUACUGAUGUAAAUGCGUAUACAGUAUAUAUUGGCAAUACAGAGCAGAAAGCAACUUUGAAUUAUUGACUUCUGGACUGAGGUUAAAAGACAAUGUUAUAAAGUCUGACUUGUUCAUCACACCAUCAAUCAAAGAAGAAAAUCCACAUUAAGCAGUUGUGAUUUGAAAUUUAAAAAGAUUAUAAAAUGUGUCCCAUUGCUUUUGUAUUUCACAGAUUAUUCUGCCAUAUUAAGAUUCAUUUCUUCAAAAAAAUAUACAAAAAUGUCAAUAAAACUUUAAAAUCAAA